AUGGCCAAUCCCGAACAAAUGGCACAGAUGAUUCAAAGUAUGAGCCCUGCAGAACUCAACCAAAUGGCGGCCAUGAUGGGUCUCUCGGCUGACCAGCUUCGACAGACCGCCCAAAUGCUAGGACAAAUCCCACCUGAACAACUACAACAGUACAUGAUGCAAGCCAUGGGCGGUGGUGGCAUGGGUGACAUGGCAGGGCUCAUGGGCGGUGCUGGAGCUGGCGAGGGUGGACCUCAGGUGCUGCGGUUGAACGAGGAAGAAAUGGCUGCUGUGAAUCGUCUUACUGAAAUGGGAUUUGAUCGGGCUGAAGCUGCCCAAGCAUUCCUAGCCUGUGACAAAAAUGAAGCAUUGGCGGCUAACUUGUUGAUGGAUGGUGGCUUUGGAUUUGGGGGCGAUGGUGGUUCAGGUUCUGGUGGAAACGGCGGUAGCAAUGGAGGAGGUGGUGACAACGAUGACGAUGCCAUGUAUGAUUAG